CGGGCGCGCUCCGGGCCGGCGGGCCCGCGGUGCUGAGCCCGGCCUGCCUCGCUGCGCUGCCCGCCCGCCCGCUGUAUGCCCCGGGGGCGCGGCCAUGGAGGUGGUGGGCGACUUCGAGUACAGCAAGAGGGACCUCGUGGGACACGGGGCCUUCGCCGUGGUCUUCCGGGGGCGGCACCGCCAGAAAACUGAUUGGGAGGUAGCUAUUAAAAGUAUUAAUAAAAAGAACUUGUCAAAAUCACAAAUACUGCUUGGGAAGGAAAUUAAGAUCUUAAAGGAACUUCAGCAUGAAAAUAUUGUAGCACUCUAUGAUGUUCAGGAAUUACCCAACUCUGUCUUUCUGGUGAUGGAGUACUGCAAUGGUGGAGACCUGGCAGAUUAUUUGCAAGCUAAAGGAACUCUCAGUGAAGAUACUAUUAGAGUGUUUCUGCAUCAGAUCGCAGCUGCCAUGCGGAUUCUGCACAGCAAAGGAAUAAUCCACAGGGAUCUCAAACCACAGAACAUCUUGCUGUCAUACGCGAAUCGCAGAAAAUCCAACGUCAGUGGUAUUCGCAUCAAAAUAGCGGAUUUUGGGUUUGCUCGUUACCUGCAUAGUAACAUGAUGGCUGCAACACUGUGUGGGUCCCCAAUGUACAUGGCUCCUGAAGUUAUUAUGUCUCAACAUUAUGAUGCUAAGGCAGACCUGUGGAGCAUAGGAACAGUGAUAUAUCAAUGCCUAGUUGGAAAACCACCUUUUCAGGCCAAUAGUCCUCAAGACCUAAGGAUGUUUUAUGAGAAAAACAGGAGCUUAAUGCCUAGUAUUCCCAGAGAAACAUCACCUUAUUUGGCUAAUCUCCUUUUGGGUUUGCUUCAGAGAAACCAGAAAGACAGAAUGGACUUUGAAGCGUUUUUUAGCCAUCCUUUUCUAGAGCAAGUUCCAGUGAAAAAAUCCUGCCCAGUCCCGGUGCCCGUGUACGCUGGCUCUGUCUCUGGAAGCUCCUGUGGUGGCUCUCCAUCUUGUCGUUUUGCCUCUCCACCAUCCCUUCCAGAUAUGCAGCAUAUUCAGGAAGAAAACUUAUCCUCCCCACCAUUGGGUCCUCCCAACUAUCUACAAGUGUCCAAAGAUUCUGCCAGUACUAGUAGCAAGAACUCUUCUUGUGACACGGAUGACUUUGUUUUCGUUCCACACAACAGCUCGUCAGACCACUCAUAUGAUAUGCCGAUGGGGCCUUCUGGCAGACAUGCUUCAAAUGAGUUCUUGGUGUGUGGAGGGCAGUGCCAGCCCCCUGUGUCACCUCAUAGUGAGACAGCACCAAUUCCAGUUCCUACUCAGAUAAGGAAUUAUCAGCGCAUAGAGCAGAAUCUUACAUCUACUGCCGGCUCUGGCACAAAUCUACAUGGUUCUCCAAGAUCUGCAGUGGUGCGAAGGUCUAACACCAGCCCGCUGGGCUUCCUCCGGCUGGGAUCCUGCUCCCCGGCGCCUGCAGACACCGUACACGCAGUUGGACGAAGACUCUCCACUGGAUCUUCCAGGCCUUACUCACCUUCCCCUUUGGUUGGGACCAUUCCUGAGCAGUUUAGUCAGUGCUGCUGUGGGCAUCCUCAGGGUCACGAGUCCAGGAGUAGAAACUCAUCAGGUUCCCCAGUGCCACAGGGUCCAUCACCACAGUCUCUCCUGUUGGGUGCUAGACUGCAGAGCGCCCCUACCCUCACCGACAUCUACCAGAACAAGCAGAAACUCCGAAAGCAGCACUCGGACCCCGUGUGCCCGUCCCACGCUGGGGCUGGGUACAGCUACUCACCUCAGCCCAGUCGGCCUGGCAGCCUUGGAACCUCUCCCACCAAGCACAUGGGGUCCUCUCCUCGCGGUUCGGACUGGUUCUUUAAAACUCCUUUACCAACCAUCAUUGGGUCUCCUACCAAGACCACAGCUCCUUUCAAAAUACCUAAAACGCAAGCGUCUUCUAACCUGCUAGCCUUGGUUACUCGUCACGGGCCUUCUGAAGGGCAGUCUAAGGAUGGGAAUGACCCACGGGAAUGCUCUCAUUGUCUCUUAGUUCAAGGAAGUGAGAGGCAGAAGUCUGAGCAGCAGAACAAAGCAGUGUUUGGCAGAUCUGUCAGUACUGGGAAAUUAUCAGAUCAACAAGUGAAGAUACCUUUAGGUGGACAUCAGGGCAGCACGGACAGUUUAAAUACAGAACGACCGAUGGAUACAGCCCCUGCAGGAGCUUGUGGUGGUGGACUGGCACCUGCUCUGGGAACAGCAGCAAGUUCCAGGGCUGUCCUGUUCACUGUAGGAUCUCCUCCACACAGUGCUGUGGCCCCCACUGCUGCCCAUAUGGUCCUCCGAACAAGAACAACCUCAGCGGGCUCCAGCAGCUCCGCGGGCUCCCUGUGCUCGGCCGGCGGCCGUGUGGCUAUGGGCUCCCCGCCGGGGCCGGGUUGGGGGGCUUCCCCUCCCGGAGCCGAGGCCGCGCCCAGCCUGAGAUACACGUCUUACGGUGCUUCACCCCCCAGCCUGGAGGGGCUCAUCACCUUUGAGGCCCCUGAACUGCCAGAGGAGACGCUGAUGGAGCGAGAACACACAGACACCUUACGCCACCUCAACAUGAUGCUGAUGUUCACGGAGUGCGUGCUGGACCUGACAGCCGUGAGGGGGGGUCACCCGGAGCUGUGCACAUCCGCUGUCUCCUUGUACCAGAUCCAGGAGAGUGUGGUCGUGGACCAGAUCAGCCAGCUGAGCAAAGACUGGGGGCGGGUGGAGCAGCUGGUGUUAUACAUGAAAGCAGCGCAGCUCUUAGCAGCCUCUCUGCAUCUUGCCAAAGCCCAGAUCAAGUCCGGGAAGCUGAGCCCAUCCACGGCUGUGAAACAAGUUGUCAAAAAUCUGAAUGAACGAUAUAAAUUCUGCAUCACCAUGUGCAAGAAACUUACAGAAAAGCUGACUCGCUUCUUCUCUGACAAACAGAGAUUUAUUGAUGAAAUCAACAGCGUGACUGCAGAGAAACUCAUCUAUAAUUGUGCUGUAGAAAUGGUUCAGUCUGCAGCCCUGGAUGAGAUGUUUCAGCAGACGGAAGAUAUUGUUUAUCGCUAUCAUAAGGCAGCCCUUCUUCUGGAAGGCCUAACUAAGAUUCUCCAGGACCCUGCCGAUAUUGAAAAUGUGCAUAAAUGUAGAAAUGGGCCAGUCCGCACACUCAUGGGUUGCCACCCAGAUUCGAGCCAUAACGUGGAAAGUUCGUGACCACACGGACGUGAGUAAGGAGAGGAGUCGGUGAAUUUGCUAACCGGCUACCCGGGCGGUCAGGAUUUGCCCGACGCGCGCCCAGGACCGGACCUCGUGGAUCCCGCCCCUUCUCCCUGCCCAGAGGACUAGCAGAGUUCCGGAGAGGAGCUUACUCUCAGGGCCUGGCCGUCCUGAGUCUCCCCAGGGCGAGGAGGAAGACGCUGAGCGGAACGUGAUCUCUACGGGGCCUUGAGCCCAUUUACCCCUGGGGCUGGACCCUUGAAUCUUCAGCUGUGGAAGCUCUCGGGACCUGCUCACGCCCCUUCCUGGUCCCCCCAAGCCCUUGUGAGAGUGCGCCUCUGGGAGAGCGUCCAGAUGGUCCUUUCCUCACCGGAAUCACAGAGAGCCCCAUCAGAAGCCAUCCGCCUAGCAGAGCACUGCACUCCUGCGGGGAACAGACAGUGAGCCCCGAAAAUCUCCGCUCCUGCUCAAGAGGCAAAGCCAAGCAGGUGAAGGGUCGGUGUGAAUUCAGGGAGCGUGAAGGCACGGAGGCUGAGAGCCUGCUGUCCCCGCAGGGGCUGAGCAAGGCAAGAGCACCCGUGUCUGCGCCCUGCAGGCAGACCUCAUCUGUGGGUGCCCUCCUUGGCCCCGAGAGCUCUCAGUCCAGUGUUUCAAGUGCCCUGGAGAUCUCUUCAUUGUUCAGAGCGGUCCCUUUCAACAGCCGCCAGGGUGCCUCCUGGGAGGGCAUCUGAGCCGAGGAGGCUGCAGAGGUGACUCCACACUGGGGCUCCCCAAGGUCUGCACUCGGGGGAGGCCGCCCGGCGCCCUCCUGCUCUGGGACGGUCCUGCACUUCGGGAGCUGGCUUAAGUCCCUAGGAGAGGCCGGCUGGGGGCUUGUUUGUUGAAGACUGCUCUCUCCCUCCUCGGGCAUGGCGGUCCCCUGGCUGUGUGUCCCUGGGCUCCUGCCCCAGCGCCUGUGUACCUGCCAGUGGGGGGAAGGACACAGAGCUCAGGGAGUCACGGUGAGGCUGAAACAAGUUCCUGAGCAUGAAGUGGGAGCAGCCCUCGGGGACACCCGCCGUUGGGGUGAGUGCUGGUUCUCCGCAGCCCCUCGCGGGUUCCUUUUGGGGAGGGGUGUGUUUGUUCAGAGCAAGGCCUGGAGUUAGGGCUCCAGGAACCACACUGGCUCCGGCUGGACGACUUCUGUAAGGAUACAGCUCCUUCCCCAGCUGACCCACCGGGGCAACCUGCGUUCAGACAUCCUUUAUUUACCCUUGUGGCCCAGUGUGGCAGUUUUAAGGAAGUGUCUAUCAAUCUACUAUUUAUUACUUUGUUUGAUUCUCAUACCAACCCUUGCCUCAUUUUACAGAUGGAAAAACAGACUUGGUGAGUAAUCUCCCCCCACCACCAAGAGAAAAGCCCCGCGGCUGGGUAGGGGCUGGGCUGCUGGGCUGGGGGCUGGGAAGCCUGCAUGCAGGGAACUCUCCUCUCUGUGCCAUGUGUCUAGCGCCCCAAACCUGCUCAUCGCCACGUCCUUGUAACACCUUUCUGGUGAUGUCCAGGAGGAGGGGGAAAGGCAGGCUUCUGUGUCGUUUGGACGCGUCUUCUGCAUAGCAGGAGGCCGCAGAUUUCAAGAAGCAGGGGAAUCCGCAGCUCUGUGCAGCCCCUCUUGGGCCGGGAGCUGGAGCCGAGAGCAGUAGGUUUCAGAAACCACCCCCUCGAAACUUCCAGCGAGAGGGCUUCAAUGGCAUAUUAAUUAACUCGAGCGUUUGGUGGACCGCUUGGCAGUUUCCUUGUUUGUGUCCACGUGUGCCAGUGAUACUGAACAGCACGGAACUGGUCCCAUCCCAGGUGAGAGGAGCCUCAAUCCCAGGCUUGCCCAGGGGACCCCCCGCCAACACCCGCUUGCCCCAGGAACUGCUUAGUGUCCCCCUGCCUUGGCCUCACGCCCUCAACGUGGCCCUGUCCAGUGUGCGGCUCACACGGCGCCAGGCCCUCGGGGCACCCGGAGGAGCGCAGGGAGGUUAAGGUGGGGGAAAGGCUAAUGGAAAAUAAGGACAUUCCCUUGCCCCCCGCCCUGGAGCCUGCCAGGGGGAGCAGUGGAAUAAAUGAGCCCCAGGCAUGGAGGGCCAAGCACUCCACCGAUGUUCUGAGUCACCCGGCUCAGAAGAGGGAAGUAGAUCCAGGAGGCCUUGGUGUCCUCUUCCCUGGAUGCGUGUUCAAGAGACUGGAUGUUCCCGAGCCUUCUGCACAGGACCAAAUAGUAAGUAUUUCAGGCUUUCGGGGCUAUAGGUUCUCUGCUGCAGCUACCCAGCCCUGCCAUCCUACGCCGAAUAGCAGCCCCAGACAAUACACAAAUGGACACGGCUCUGUUCCAAUAAACCUUUAUAUACAGAUGUUGAACUUUUCAUCUUGUGGAGUUUUCAUGUGUCACGUAAUUUUUUUUUUUUACCUUUUCCAUCCAUUUAAAAAUGUAAAACCAAAACAAAACAAAAAAAACCCACUUUUAACGUACAGGCCUGGGUGCGCAGAUGGUAGUUUGCUGGCCACUGGCGUGUCGAUUAAUAGCAGAGGCAGGUACCCCAGAUGCAAAUGAUGAUGAACGAGACAUGUCCAUGGUGCCCACUGAAGGAUGAGCUCCCACGCAUCCGUGGUGUCCGGUGGGCCCAGUUAACACGGAUGUGAACUUGUCCCAGGGGGUCGGAAGCCGAGC